AUGGAGGGCAUGGAUCUGACUGCCGCCUCUUCCUCGGCCGGCUCGACGCCUGCUGCACAGACUAAGAAAAAGUCUCGUCGAGGAACCGAUCCGACCAACCAGAAGCGAAGAUGCAUCAGCACCGCCUGCGUCGCUUGUAGGCGACGCAAAUCGAAAUGCGAUGGCCAACUACCCAGCUGCGCCGCUUGCUCCAGCGUCUAUGGCACUGAGUGUAUCUACAACCCAAACUCAGAUCACCGCCGCAAGGGAGUGUAUCGAGAAAAGGUGGACAGCAUGAAAGCCCAGAGCUCGACGCUGCAAAUCAUUGUCGAGGCCAUUUUGAAUGCCACCGAAGAAGAGGUGCCAGCCGUCGUAAACAAAAUCCGAACAUGCGACAAUCUCGACACGGUAGCCCAGGAGCUCUUAAAAAUGGGUGAAGAGGAACCCAAGGAAGAAGAAUUUGAGGAGAAUUUGGACGAAGGAUCCAUGGCUUUCCUACCCAUCUCAGGAGAACAAGAGCUCGCUGGCAAGAUGGGAGAGCUGCGGCUCGAAAAUGGCUCAGUACGCUUCAUUGGCGGCACCUCUCAUCUCAUCUAUCUAGGAGAUCCUCACCACGGUGGCAUUGAUUACGAUUCACCUUCUGAGCCCGGCAUCUGCGAAAACCCCAUCACGUCAUGGACCCGAGUGACCACCGACCCACGACUCAUCAUGCAUCUUAUGAAUAUGUACUUUAAUUAUCACUACCCAUACUUCACCACACUCUCACGCAAGCUAUUUUGGCGUGACUUCAUGAGGGUAAACGCAAUGUUGGCGCUCGGCUGCCACUUCACCGAUAUCCCAGGUGCUUUUGGCAUCCCCGGCGACAGCAGGACCAAAGGAGACCAUUUCUUUGCUGAGGCCAAGCGACUCAUCGUCGAUAAUGAUGAAUAUGAGAAGCCGCGGCUUGUGACCGUGCAAGCUUUGGCACUCAUGUCUGUGAGAGAAGCGGGCUGCGCAAGAGAAGCCAAGGGCUGGGUCUAUAGCGGCAUGAGCUUCCGAAUGGCCCUCGACAUCGGCCUCAACCUUGAAGUAGAGGGCUUGGAUAAGGAGCACAUGUCGGAGGAAGAAAUAGAUGCCCGGCGCAUCACCUUUUGGGGGUGUUUCCUAUUCGACAAAACCUGGUCCAACUACCUGGGCCGGCUGCCACAGCUCCCAAGGAACUCCUUUACCGUUUCCAAAAUUGACGUCUUCCCUGACGAAGAUGCGGCGCUGUGGGCGCCUUUUACAGAUAAAGGGUUCGACGAGUCUCUUGCUCAGCCCUCGAGGACACGCGCGGUUGCUCUCCAUUUGUCCAAGCUAUGUGAAAUCAGCAGCGACAUACUCGUCUUCUUCUACCACCCAAGCCACAUAAAGAGGGCUAGCAGCAAAUCUCUUGAGCUGAAGAAGCUCGGCGAGCUCCACCAACGACUUGAGGAAUGGCGGAAGAACCUGCCCAAGGAGUUUGAACCAAAAGAAGGCUUGCUGCCAAACGUGAUAUUGAUGCUCUCAUUCUUCCACCUUCAAUACAUUCAUCUCUUCAGACCAUUCUUAAAAUACGCCCCAGCCUCAUCACCUCUGCCAUCACAUAUAUCACCAAGGCGAAUAUGCACUGCAAAUGCCGGUGCGAUUUCCAAGCUGAUGAGACUAUAUAAAAAGUCUUGGAAUCUCCGACAGAUAUGCAACAUUGCAGUUUACAUGAUACACAGCGCAUGUACAGUCCAUCUACUCAAUCUUCCCGAAAAGACAGCGAAGCGAGAUUUGACCCAUGGUCUAAGGCAUCUGGAAGAGAUUGCCGAGGAUUGGCUCUGCGCGAGACGGACGCUAAGCAUUCUCAGUGUCUUGGCAAGAAAAUGGAAAUGCGAACUACCAGAAGAUGCCGACAUAAUUCUCAAACGAACAGAUGAGAGAUUUGAAUACUAUAGCACGUCCGAAGUUCCCUCUCCUGGAUCGAGCAACUUGGCUCCCAUCUCGCCGGGGACCUCAGAGGAAGGGGCAGCGCAAGCUCCCAGGCUCGAGUAUGGGCUUACGAGGCACCCAACUUCAGAGCCUAUAGCUCAGCCGGCAGUACAGACGUCUAUCGAGGAGCGGCUGACGAUGGACUCACCCAUGUCCCUGGGCAACAAUAACCCGCUUCCGGAUCAGCGAGGCAACAUGGACAGUCGCGAGUGGCUGUUGAGUGACUCGGCGCGGCUACACCAGAGCUUUGGAAGCUGGGAUAUGAGACAGCAGGCAGGACCUGGAAACCAAAUCUUUAUGUUUAAUAAUGGUCGGGGAGAUGGUGUAGGGGUUGAGAAUCCGGAUUUGAGCUCCUUUGACUCACUUACUGAGUCUCUGACGACGCUUAAUGCGUGGUUGCCGUCUGGACUGGAGUAG